UCUGUAACGGCGGGCGGCGACCUUAUUGUCGUGCGAAACUGCGAAAUGUUACGUUGAACUUUCGUCGGCGGCCGUCAUACGGACCAUAAUAUAAUAUUGUGAUGGCCUUGGUCGGCCGCGGCCCCCGUCGUCCCGGAACCGUUCGGUGCGUUUGCCGCUCUUCAGUUUCCGACGACACACAUGUGGCCAUAAAAGGUCGGACACAAUAAGUUCCACACCCCAAAGAUCGUCCGUCCGCAAUGGCUAAAAGAAUGGAACAAGUGGUCUGGGUGCCGGAGCCCAAAGAAGGCUUCAUACUGGCCACAAUUGUAGAUCUAGGAAUGGACGAGGUCACCGUACAACCUGUGGGAACAUCAAAAGCUCAAUUUACACUGCCUCUGGAUCGCAUGUAUACAGCCAACCCUCAUUUUGACGAUAAGGAUGUCGAUGAUAAUUGUUCUUUGAUGCAUUUAAACGAAGCCACAUUAUUAAACAAUGUUAAAAAAAGAUACUCAAAGGAUAAGAUUUACACUUAUGUUGCUAACAUAUUGAUAUCUGUCAAUCCAUACAUAGAAAUCAAAAAUCUUUAUUCAACUGAUGUUAUGCAGAAGUAUAAAGGAAAAUCUCUUGGCGUUUUACCUCCACAUAUAUUUGCAAUUGCUGAUAAAUCAUUCCGGGAUAUGAAAGUGCUUAAGCAAUCACAGUCUGUUAUUGUAUCUGGUGAAUCGGGAGCUGGGAAAACAGAAUCUACAAAACAUUUAUUACGAUAUCUAUGCUACCAGUGGGGAUCUUCUAAUGGACCAGCAGCUGAUCAAAACAUUUUAGAUGCAAAUCCUGUCUUAGAAGCUUUUGGGAAUGCUAAGACGACACGUAACAAUAAUUCAUCAAGAUUUGGAAAAUUUAUGGAAGUUCAUUUUGAUAGUUCAUGUUCUGUUGUUGGAGGAUAUAUCAGUCAUUAUCUUCUAGAAAAAUCUAGAGUUUGUAUUCAAAGCUCAGAAGAACGUAACUACCACGUAUUUUAUUUGCUGUGUGCUGGGGCUCCACCUGAUUUACGUGGUAAAUUAUCACUUGACAAUCCUGAUGCUUUUAAUUAUUUGAGAAAAGGCUGUACUCAAUAUUUUACUAACAACCAAACUAGUAAAAAAUUGGAAAAUGAUCAAAAGAGUAAACUUCAAAAUAAACAAGGGGGUCUUAGAGAUCCAAUGUUAGAUGAUGUCAAAGGAUUUUCUACAAUGGAUGAAGCUUUGAGUAGACUUGGGCUAUCAAACAAAGAAAGAUGUGACAUUUAUACGAUUGUAGCAUCUGUUUUACAUUUAGGAAAUAUAGAAUUUGAAGAAAACAUUGAAAGCACUAAAGGUGGUUGUAAAGUGACAGAGCAAACUGAAAGUAGUUUGUCUGUAGUUGCCAAAUUGCUAUCUGUCGACUUUGACGAGCUCCGACAAGCACUUAUUACUAAAGUAAUGAUGACUAAUCGAGGUGGACUCAAAGGGACCGUAAUUAUGGUACCAUUAAAGCAAUAUGAAGCAAAUAAUGCUAGAGAUGCGCUUGCUAAAGCCAUAUACGGAAAACUAUUUGAUAAUAUUGUCCAUAGGAUAAAUUCUAGUAUACCAUCUAAGGCAUCUAAUUAUUAUAUUGGUGUACUAGAUAUUGCUGGAUUUGAAUAUUUCACUGUUAAUAGUUUUGAACAGUUUUGCAUUAACUACUGUAACGAAAAACUUCAACAAUUUUUCAAUGAACGGAUACUUAAAGAAGAACAAAUGCUUUAUGAACGUGAAGGCCUAGCUGUAAGAAAAAUUGAAUUUGUUGACAAUCAAGAUUGUAUAGAUUUAAUUGAAUCAAAAAAUGGUGGUAUAUUCAAUCUAUUGGAUGAAGAAUCAAAACUACCAAAACAAAGUUCUGAACAUUUUACUACUGAAGUACACAAACGAUGGCAGGGGCAUUUCAGACUAGCUUUAGCUAGAGCUUCAAGACUCAAAGCUCAUCGAGAAAUACGAGAUGAUGAAGGCUUUAUGGUUAGACAUUUUGCCGGAGCAGUGUGUUACCGAACUAGCCAAUUCAUUGAUAAAAAUAAUGAUGCUCUUCAUGCAAACUUAGAAGGUCUAGUUCAAGAAAGUAACAAUCCAUUCUUACAAAGUCUAUUUGCUACCAGCACACAAUGUGCAAACAAAGGAAAGUUGAACUUCAUAAGUGUUGGAUCAAAAUUUAAAAGUCAAUUGGCUGAGCUCAUGGAAAAAUUAAAGAGUACUGGUACAAACUUUGUUAGAUGUAUUAAACCAAAUGACAAAAUGGUGGACCACCUGAUAGAUGGUGGAUCAAUUCUAUCCCAGUUACAGUGUUCUGGCAUGACAAGUGUAUUAGAACUUAUGCAACAAGGUUUUCCAUCUCGUGCUCCAUUUCAACAACUAUAUGAUAUGUACAAACAGAGACUGCCUCCAAAGCUUGCUCGCCUUGAACCAAGAAUAUUUUCAAAAGCUUUGUUCAGAGCAGUUGGAGUUAAUGAAGGUGAUUACAAGUUUGGUGUAUCAAAAGUAUUUUUUCGACCAGGAAAAUUUGCUGAAUUUGAUGCAAUUAUGCAUUCAGAUCCAGAAAACUUGAAACAAAUGAUCGAAAAGGUGCAGAAAUAUCUGACUACUUUACAUUGGAAACAAUCUCAAUGGUGUGCUUUAUCUGUUAUUAAAUUGAAAAACAAAAUAUUGUAUCGCCAAGCAAAUCUUAUAGUAAUUCAAAAAAAUGUGAGAAUGCAUUUAUCAAAAAUGAAACAUAGGCCUAGAUAUAUGGGAAUAAAAAAAAUAAACAGUCUGAAAACCAUAUUAAAUGAAAUGGAAACACUGGCAGGACAAAUUAAAAAAGAUAAUGCUCUCUGUAUAUCAGAUGCUCAAAAGUUGCGAAUUGAAUUUGAUUUAGCAAUUAAAAAGAUAAGAAAUAAUGAAAAUAUCAAAGCAGCUGAAAUAAACAAUAUUUAUAAUAGUUUGGUUAAAGCAGCCAAUUCACAAAUGGAGAGUUUAAGAAAGAAAGCCAAUGCCGAAAAAAGUGCUGAAGCUGAAAAACAACGUUUAGCUAAAUUACAAAAAGAAAUGGAAAUAGUUAAGGCUACUAAAGAUAAAGAAGAACAUGCUAAAUUAGAAGAUGAACAAAUUAAAAAACAAAAAAUAGAAAUAGAACUUCGCCGUAAAGCAGAAGAAGAAAUACAUAAAAAUGAUAUUUUCUUGACAAAAGAGGAGAUUGAUAAGGCUGCAUUAGCCGAAGCUAAGUUUAGAGAGCAAAUGGAACAAGAGCGACGUGAUCAUGAACUUGCUUUACGGUUGGCUCAAGAAACAAAUAGUUUUGUUGAAGAUAUCUCUAAUACAUACUCAAAGAGAUCUACAAAUAUAGAACAACCACCAAGUAAAUAUGAUUUGUCGAAGUGGAAGUAUUCAGAACUUAGAGACACUAUAAAUACUUCCUGUGAUAUUGAACUACUAGAGGCUUGUAGAGUAGAAUUUCAUCGCCGCCUCAAGGUAUACCACGCUUGGAAAGCAAAGAACAAAAAACGUACUUAUAUGGAUGACAAUGAAAGAGUGCCUCGUUCCAUAAUGGAUACUGCUAAUCAGUCAAAGGGAGUCAAACAUUAUCAGAACACAAAGGUACAGCCAAUAAUUCCUACGAGUAGCCAACGAUAUUUUCGCAUUCCAUUUGUACGUUCAAGUACACCUACCAGAUCACCUGGAUCUGGUGGAGAUCAGCAUCGUGGAUGGUGGUAUGCACACUUUGAUGGACAAUACGUGGCUAGACAAAUGGAAUUACAUCCUGAUAAACCAGCAAUUUUACUUAAUGCCGGGAAAGAUGAUAUGCAGAUGUGUGAACUAAGUUUGGAUGAAACAGGAUUAACUCGUAAGAGGGGUGCUGAAAUAUUAGAAAACGAUUUCAAUAAAGAAUGGGAAAAACAUGGUGGAAUAACAUAUACUAGGAAUAAUGCCAGUAAUUAAAGUAUUGGCAGUUAACUUGCAAAACUGCUGUCAAGAUUAUUGUUUCAAAUAAAAUAUGUUAUAAUUAUAGGUAUAAAAUGAAUCCAAAAUGUCACAUUCCUUACACUUUUUAUUAUUAUUUUUUUUUUAUAAUUUUAUGUUUUGUUCCUAUAAUUGGGUGAUUGGUUUUUUAUCAGGUUGUGAUAGAUGUGAUAAAUAACAGUAUCGAAGUAUUGUUUUAAACAUUUUUUUUUUUAGUCAUUGUCUUGUCGAUUGAAUUGUUCUACUAAUGUCAAAUCUUAAGUUAGAAAAAUGAUUUUUUAUUAAUUUUUAAUAUUUACUAUUUAGUACUGUUAUUUGUUAACAAAUUGUCUAAUCAUUAAAAAAAAAUAUUGAAUGUUAAAAGCUUUAACAAUUUACGUUAUUAAACACUAAAAUAUACAUACUCUAUUGUAAGACUCGUUACAUAUGAAUAUAAUAAAUCUGUGAUAAGAAGUUGGGAUUCGAAACAAAUAUUUAAAACUGUUAUUUUGAUAUCUUAUUAUCUACAUAAUCAUAAUUUAUAAAAUAUUUUAUUUAUAAACUAAUUAUGAAAAAAUCUAAUAAAAUAUUUACAAAUUAUAAUGUAUUCUGAUUUUUAUAAUAAUUAUAUUUUCAUUAAUACUUGUUUUAAGACCAAUUUAAUAUUAUUGGAGGUAUUUGUAUAAAUUAAAUAAAAUUAAAAUUAUAUAAAUAUUUAUUUGAAGUUUGAAUCAA